AUGGGGCAGACGUGCAUGGAGAAGGUGUCCUCCUUCCUCUUCGAGUAUGACACCCCCAGGAUGGUGCUGGUGAGGAACAAGAAGGUGGGACUGACCUUCAGGCUGAUCCAGCUCAUCGUCCUGGCGUACAUCAUCGGGUGGGUUUUCCUCUACGAGAAGGGCUACCAGUCCCAGGACAGCAUCGUCAGCUCGGUCUCGGUGAAGCUGAAGGGGCUGACACUGACCAACGAGAGUGUGAUGGGGCCUCACAUCUGGGAUGUGGUCGAUUAUGUCUUCCCACCCCAGGGGGACAACUCGUUUGUGGUGAUGACCAACUUCAUUGUCACCCCUGGACAGAAGCAAGGAACCUGCCCGGAGCUGCCGGAGGCGGGGCUCUGCUCCCGGGACAGCGACUGCAGCCGGGGCACCUACAGCCGCCAGGGACAAGGUACAGCCAGGGCUUGCUGCCUGCUCAUGACGGGCAAGUGUGUGCAUUUCAACAGCUCUGUGAAGACCUGUGAGAUCUUUGGCUGGUGCCCUGUUGAAGUUGAUUACCACGUUCCCAGCCCUGCCUUGUUGUCAGAAGCAGAGAAGUUCACCUUGUUCAUUAAGAACAGCAUCACCUUCCCCAGGUUCAAGGUGUCCAGGCGCAACUUGGUCGAGAGCGUGACCAAACAGUACCUGAAGAAAUGCACCUACCACAAGGUCACUGAUCCCCUGUGCCCUGUGUUUGAGCUGGGGUACAUUGUGAAGGAAUCAGGCCAGAAUUUUACCUUCCUGGCUAUUAAGGGUGGAGUGGUGGGCAUCACCAUAGACUGGAACUGUGACCUGGACUGGCCCAUCCGACACUGCAAACCCAUCUACCAGUUCCAUGGCCUCUACAACGACGACAGCAAUGUCUCACCAGGCUUCAACUUCAGGUAUGGCAAGUACUACAGAGAAGGAGGGAUAGAGAAGAGGACGCUCUACAAGGUGUUUGGGAUCCGGUUCGACAUCCUGGUGAAUGGCAAGGCAGGCAAAUUUGACAUCAUCCCAACCAUGACCACCAUUGGCUCUGGAAUUGGUAUUUUUGGAGUGGCCUCUGUCCUCUGCGACCUGCUCCUGCUGCAUUUUCUCCAAGGACGGGACUAUUACAAGCAGAAGAAAUUCAAAUACGCGGAACCGGAGCCCUCCAAGUCACAUAAGAAGGAGAAG